AUGGCUCGAGACUAUCGAGACCAGUGCCACGACUCAUCGACCUACACCAUUAUUGGUUCACAAGAAGGCAACGACUAUCAUCAGAUACAAACUUCCAAGGCACUGCCUCUCAGUUUGUGGUUUGUUAUUUCGUUGUGUGUUGUUUGCGCGGCCGAAGCGGUGGCGCUGUUGUUAUUGACAACCGGGGCAAUGACAUUUGGGCUGGAUAAGAGCACUUCCACAGAGGCACACUUGGUCGAGUUUCAGAAGGAUUCUCGAUUCCAUGAACUGUACACCAAGGAGUCAGUCAAAAAGGCAUGGGCGAUUUACAAUCUUCCACACGGUGCCUUUGUACAGCCACCAAAUAUUGCGGAUCUAGGCCUGAGUCCCAACAACAACACCGUGAUUGAUGGCCUGGAAAACGUCUUUGCCAUAUCUGCUUUCCACCAGCUACACUGCUUGCAAUCGCUUCAAUCAAACCUCGUCGACCUCGCCAAGAGCCGCAGAACGCCGGAGGAAACGUUGCAGGUUAUCAAACAUGCGUCCCAUUGUGUUGAAUAUUUACGCCAAGGAAUACACUGCGCGGCUGAUAACACCCUGGAGGGACCUAAUCUGGAGGGGCCAGGCGGCGACAGUCUGCUGCAAGUCUGGGGUGUUCAUCACAAUUGUCAGUCAUGGGAUGAUCUUGUAGACUGGAGAGACAAGUAUGCGAUACCGCAGGUCCCACCAGAAUAA